AUGAGCAGCGCCGCAGUAGCAACCCCGCCUAGAAAAGGUCGACUCGGUAGCAGAAUCAAGAGUAAUGGCGGCUGUCUGACAUGCAAGAUUCGCAAGGUCAAGUGUGGAGAGGAAAAGCCAGCUUGUCUGCGGUGCUCAAGCACUGGAAGGAAAUGUGAGGGCUAUGUGAACGCCAUCAACUCACGAGAACAACCCCCAGCGGCGUCUGCAUCGCCUACUCUGGCCCACGUCGGAUGCAUUUCAAGCUAUGCACAUGCAAGUCGGCUCGAGGUACAGGCUUUCGAAUUCUUUAUGAGUGACGUGCUGCCUGGCUUUUCGCGGAUUGUCGAUCAACACUUUUGGCAUCAAGUCAUUCCCCAACUCAGUCAAUCCGACAAGAUCAUCUGGGACGCGGUCAAUGCCCUGUCAUGUCUCAUUCGCCAUCCCCAAAUUUCGUGGCGCUGGCUUUUACCGGGGCCGAAAGCAUCCACGUUGGCCGACGACAAUCACCGCUUGGCUGUCAAGUGGUAUAGCAAAUCGCUGCAUGGCCUUCAGAAACGUAUGACUCACGGCAGUGUGUCGCCGGGUAUGCUCAUGGUAACCUGCCUACUCUACAUCAGCAUCGAGUGUCUUCAAGAUAAUCUAGAUGGGGCAAUGGUGCUUUAUUACCGAGCACUGGCCAUGAAUAAUAUGCUCGCAGAGAAGGGCGCGGGCAACUAUUCAACUACAGCGGCACGCGACGUGGGUUCGGUCGAAGGCACGGUCCAAUCUCUGCUAAGACACAUGUCCAUCUCCAAAGAACUUCCUGCUUCCCUGAGAAAGGUGAAUAGUCAUAUCAACAUGACUUUCGAUUCUUUAUCAGAAAUCAGGGAGGAAGGUUAUCUAUUGCUUGACGAGGUGCACGGAUUUCUCGAACACAUCGACGGGAUAAGGUCGAUAAUGCCAAAAGCCUGGCUUCCCACGCCAGACCUCAUCGAGUGGUGGGAGAAGGUGAGGAAUAGAAUUCGCUUUCUGGAAACAGCUAUACAGGAGGUGGUCAAAAGACAGAGACGGGCUAUCUCGGAAUGUCCUGAUGAAGACGAGCUCUAUUCAACUCUGAUGUUGUCGUUUAACCACUUCUACGUCGUGGUAUCGUCCUCUGUGAGCAUGUAUCAGACAACCCUGGACGAAUUCAUGGCUCAAUUUCGAUCAAUAAUCGCGUACAUUCGCCGCGUGGUCGCCAUCCAACGAAGAAGAUCCCGACGUCCGGUAUUUGUCUUUGAAACGCGCAUCCUCCCGGCUCUUUACUACGUCGCAACCAAGUGCCGCCAUCCGCUUAUCCGUCGAGAAGCGAUUUUCUUGCUCGAGAAUGAGGCGCCCCGCAUGGAGUAUAUCGCCAAAGCUGAAGGAAUGGCGGCGGUGGCCAAGAGGAUUGUCGGGAUCGAAGAAGCCUGUGGCAGUGAGGAAGGCGUGUUUUGUGCAGAGUGGCCUCCUCACAAAGCUGAUUUGCUCCCGGCCGAAGACCAUCGGGUGUAUCGGGAGAGGCUGACGGAGCUGGUGGAUGCAACCUCUGGUGAACCCGUGCAUUUUCUGGAAUAUGGCAUAUGGCGGCGUGAAGGCGACGGUGGUGUUUGGACUCCGACCGAACAUAUCGUCAAAAUGUGA